UGACAUUAAGAAUCAUAAAGGCGGAAGCUUUUCGACAUUUGUCUAGCAGAGACGAUCAUGGCGGAAUCUCCGAGCUUGAUAGCCUACAAAGUUGUGUUUUGUGCAUUGGGAUGUUUCAUGUUGGCUACCCUCGUCUACACUACGGUGACUGAUGGUUCGCCUUUUCGAGUCGAGCUCUUGACACCGUGGAUGAUUGCAACUUUGAUAGACUUCUAUGUCAAUGUUGUUGCUAUAGCAGUUUGGGUUGUCUACAAAGAAUCAACUUGGAUAAAAGCACUUAUGUGGGUGGUUCUUUUAGUAUGUUUUGGCAGUGUGGCUACUUGUGCUUAUAUUACCCUGAAGCUGUUCAAUAUUUCAUCUCAAGAUCCAAAAAUUUCUCUGAGACAACUUUUGUUGAGGGAGGAUCAUGACUGUCAUGCAAAAUGCUCAUCUAUUAUUCUUGGGAGAGUUGUUUUUAGCACCUUGGGUGUAUUUGUGUUAGCAGUUGUUGUUUAUACUGUAGCAACAGAUGGACUUCCUUUUCGAAUGGACUUGUUGACACCGUGGAUGGCUGCUACCUUAAUUGACUUCUACAUUAAUGUCCUUGUUAUAUCAGUAUGGGUUGUUCAUAAGGAGCCAACAUGGAUAUCUGCAUUUAUUUGGAUUUGCUUAUUGAUUUGCUUUGGCAGCAUCACAACGUGUGCUUAUAUCGCCAUUCAACUUUUUCGGCUCUCCUUGCAAGAACCAAUGUACAAGGUUUUAUCUGACACUCAAGCCAAACUUGGAAGUACAUCAUCCUCAAAGUAAUGUUCAAAUGCCUCUAGGUACAAAGAAUAGCCACAUCUUACUGGAUUCCACCAUUUCAGGUGCUGUUGCAAAACUGUAAACAUAUUCUUGCAUAAUUAAGGUUCUCUGUGCAUACUAAAUCUCGUGUUUAACAUUUAUCUUCUUUUCAUUAAAUAUGAGAUCAUAAGCUGUAGUAGCAUUCAUCAUCCUGUAUUGAUCAAUGUUUCGAUAAAAACUUCAAGGAUAACUUCUCUAUGGCUGCAUAAUCCUUUGUAUAUGUAUGUGCACUUUUUACUCA